GCUUCUCUCACAGUCUCUCUCUCUCUCUCAUACACACACAUUCAAUGUUUUACCGAACUCACACCACCACCAUUUUCUCUUCAAUUUCAAUUAUUUUCCCUAAUUGUCUCCGUUUUCUCAUUUGCAGGUAUCUCAUUUUUCUCCGUUUUGCAUUUGCAAAUAAAUUAUGGAGUGCUUCAUGGAAUUGUGCUCAUUUUGCAUGUUGGUUUUCAUAUUUAGGAAAUGGAAUCAGCAGGAGGGGAUUCCAGAAGCGGUUUUGAGGCGGUGACGGACGAAUUCUCGGGUGCUGCUGGCGGCGGAGAUGAUUUCAGCGUCGAUGAGCUCCUCGAUUUCUCUAAUGGCUACUCCGAAACAGAAGAGCAACAAAUGGAAGAGCAACGGGAGACGGAGAAGGGGAAGGUGAAAGUGAAAACUACGCCUCUUUUUCGGGAGAGAGAAGGAGCGGUCUCUCUCUCUAAGCGGGAGGACAUCGGCUCAUUCCACGACGGCGAGCUCUGCUUUCAGGCGGAGGGUUUGGAGAGUUUAGAAUGGGUGUCGCAUUUCAUGGAUGACUCCUUUCCCGAUUACUCCCUCGCCGGAAAACUGCCGGCCGCGGAGCCGCAGCCGUGCUUCACGACUCCAGUUCAAACAAAGGCCCGAACAAAGCGGGCCCGGGCCGGGCUCCGCGUGUGGCACGUCUUGUCAUCAACGGAGCAUUCCGCCUCCCCACCUUCUUCAACGUCCUCCACGACGUCGUUCCCUCUCGAGAAUGCGCCGGCGAAGAAGAAAAAGAAGUCCGCCGACGGCCAGCCGAGGAGGUGCAGCCAUUGCGGCGUGACGAAGACGCCGCAGUGGCGGGCGGGCCCACUCGGUUCGAAGACGCUGUGCAACGCUUGUGGCGUGAGGUACAAGUCGGGGCGGCUCCUACCCGAAUACCGGCCCGCUUGCAGCCCCACUUUCUCCACUGAGAUGCAUUCGAACAACCACCGGAAAGUUUUGGAGAUGCGGCGGAAGAAGGAGACGGAGGUGCAAACCACCGGUCUGCCCCCGCCGGUUCAGAGUUUUUGAGCCUUAUAAUCGUAUUUAUAAUAUAGUGAUGUUAAAAUAGAGACGUGACACCACCUGAAAUUUGAAAUACGGGAUUUCAUGUACAUUUUCUUGUCAUGUUUGAAUGAAAUUCUAUUCGAGUAGACGAAA